UCGCCGCUUAGCCAACUCCCUCGGCCGGCGGCCGGGAGGCGCUGAGCUUUUAUCACGGACCCGGCGAGAGGGAUCCAGAUCCGGGCGAUCUUACCCGAAGGGAGCGCUGUGCCCGGUGCGGCCGCUGUUCUCAGCUGAGUUCUGCCUCCGCGUCUGUGCCAGCCUAGAGCCGGCAGGGGCAGACGGUGCGUCCCAGCACGGCGAGAGGAUGGUCAUCCGCGUGUUCAUCGCCUCCUCCUCCGGCUUCGUGGCGAUAAAGAAAAAGCAACAAGAUGUGGUUAGAUUUCUGGAAGCCAACAAGAUAGAGUUUGAGGAAGUGGAUAUCACAAUGUCAGAAGAACAGAGGCAAUGGAUGUACAAAAACAUCCCCCCAGAAAAGAAGCCCUCUCAAGGCAACCCUCUGCCACCUCAGAUAUUUAAUGGUGACCGAUACUGUGGCGAUUAUGACAGUUUUUUUGAAUCAAAGGAAAGCAACACAGUCUUUUCAUUCUUAGGCCUGAAAUCACGGUUGGCAUCAAAGGGAGAACCUUAGAGAAGACAAGUAGAAGAUGACGGAGAUGCAUUUUGGAACACUCCCCUGGUACUCAGCACACACCUGCUUACCUAAUGCAUCACUGUGACAAAAGCCACAUGCUUCAUCAAUAACUUUGCUUGCAUUUGGAAGAGGUGUUUUUGGAAGACGUGGGUAUAGAUUGCAUGAUUGCUCUAAACCAAAUCAGAAUUAUAGUGGGUUUCUUCUUAUUUUCAGAAUGCCUGCAGUUGGCUCAGUCACCUAGAGGUACUGUAACCUGUUACAGGUGUGCUUUCUUAAUACUGAAAGAUAAGUGGGUAGCUUUAUCAGAGUCAAAAUGUUGAAUCUGUCCUAGGUUAUAGUUGAUGCCAGUAUUGCUCAGACCUUCUCUUUAAGCUGCCUGGAUUGUGUCCUUAAAAUUAGUCUGCUAGGCUGUUAGAAUCUUUUGAUCAGAAAGAAGAAAAAGAAAUGCUGAUUGACAAAGGGAUGAAGAUUUUUGCUGCAGAAUCGAAUGCCACUAUUAUAGUGCUUUGUAAUAACAUUUACAGAAAAAGUUGGAUGUUCUACCCUCUUUUUGGUAAUGUAAAUUCUUACUCACAUAAAUCCUCCAAGCUUCUACAGAUGUUUCCAGAAAUCACUGUUGUAACAAUGUGUGAUAAGAACUAAGUUAUAGGGAUGAGAAUAAUUGCUGUUUUGGAAAAUAGAUGCUUCUUUAUCUCUUGCAAGGGGGAAAUUUCACCUAAAUGCAUAAGAGUGCUUAAAAGAUACAUUUUAAGAAAUACACUAAUUAGUAAAUUUAUAGGAAAAAUAUCUGACACAUAUCUGAAGACAUUUUCAGCUCUAGCAACUCACGUACAGGUGCACAUAUAUUUUUAAAUGAAGCUCCCCUAAUAGCUGUUUAUCCUAUUUUGAGAAGGGAUUAUAUUUUUUUGAGAAAGGAAGAUCUUGGUUAGAUAUAUUUUGUGAACCCUUGAUGUGGCAUAUUAAAAGAUGCUAAUACCGCUGUACACUUUAAAUUUUUUUUCUGUGUUAUUUUUUAUUGGUUCUCUAAUUUUGCAACUUAUAUUUCUGGCCAAUGCAUAGCCCCAGAUUUCAGAGUAAUGUAGUUACAUGUUCUCAUUUCAUAUAUGAGCCCAGUGAGUUUUCAAAGCAGCAUAGAGUUUAUAGUUGCCAAACAUGGAAACAGUCUUGAAUAGGAUAAACUAUCAGAGGGCUGCCUAAAAUAUUCUGCUAUUCUCUGCAUCCUGAUGCUGGGCCUGCCGUUUAGAUUCUGAGCAGAAAGUUUGUAAGAAAUUGAAAGAACAGAAGAAUGAAAGCCCUGUUACAUGUGUUCUCUCAUCCUCCAACUUGCUUAAUGUGGACUAGUCUAAAGAACUUGUUGAAUGCUAACGCUGAAAUCCCAGCCUGAGAUUUGCAGCCCAGGACUGCAACUAGAAGAAAAGCAUGCCACAGAUUUCUGCCUGACUGGAACAGCCCACAAUUUUCUCUGCAGGGAAAGCUGUUGUGAAAUCAUGGCUAUUACUGCUUAGUUGGCAUUAAAUAAGAUCCAGGUCGAAUUCCGUUUGAUAAAUCCCAGGGACUAUCCAGGAAUUUUUUUAAACUGGAUAUUGUGUUUGAGUAUGUGAGUAUUCUGAUAAGACUUAGAAUUUUUUUUUCAAGAUACAGCAAUUAAAAGUUUAAUGUUACAGUGAUCUAACAUAUAUUUAGUCUACUCUUGCCAGUGAGCACCAAGAACCAAAUUGGUAAGACUGAGGCUUUGCAGUCUAAAUUCUGGGGUUAUAGGAUCAGCACUGUAUUUGCUAGACAAAGAAAGCUACUCAGAUUUGUCUUAAAACUUUUAAAUUACUAUGGUUAUGAUAGGCCCAGUAUGAUUCUCCUAGACAGACCAGAUGGAUAGUAGUGUUAACUUACUACCACAGUUACACAUCAUCUACUCUCCAGCCCACUUUUUUUUUUUUUAUCAGCAAAGAAAUAGGAGAGGCCAGCCCUUGCUGGUGCUUUACUUGUUAUGAGUGAUCUAGAAGCACGAUGUGUGGCAUUAACACAGUACCCAGGCUCUGCAGAGUACUGAGGGAUUGCCUUUUGGGACCACACUAUGUUCAGAGAGUAUUUUGUCCUUACUUGUACCAUUUUACCAGUUGAAUUCCAAACAUUCAAUGAUUUUCUUGUUCCCUUCUUUAACUAGCUCUUUCAACUGGGAUUCACAUAGUCUUGAAAGCAUAGGAAAGAAGUGGAUGAGAAUUAUAGGCAUAGA